AUGACGACCAGUAGCUGCAGCCUGGCUGCUGUUGGCAUCCUCACCCUUCUGUGGGCAGGUACAGGUGUGAUCACAGCUGAUCCACCUGAAUCAGCGCUGUGGCUGUGCGAGCAGGCGCCCAGAUGUGGGGGCCGGAUCUAUAAUCCCUUGGAACGCUGCUGUGAUUAUGGGAUCAUUGAGCCCCUGAACCUGACCCGCCACUGUGGCCCCAGGUGCACCUUCUGGCCUUGCUUUGAGCUCUGCUGUCCUGAGUCAUAUAAUUCCCAGAGAGUGUAUGUUGUGAGGUUGAAGGUUCGGGGUGCAAAGUCCCGGUGCACCUCCUCACCCAUCUCCAGGUUCUGUAAAAAGUGUGGGGACCAGAUCUAUAACCCCUUGGAGCAGUGCUAUGAUGAGGAGACCACCCUGCCCCUGAACUGGACCUUCCCCUGUGGCCCCAGCUGCACCUUCUGGCCCUGCUUUGAGCUCUGA